GGAGCCCCGCCGAGGGUGAUGCUCAGGAUCCCACUUCUCCCCAGAGCUGCGCAUUUCCGCGUGCUUAGGCGGCUCCAGAUCCGGCCGGCCCUCGCGGCAGGAGCCCGCGUUCCGCGUCCACGAGAAGUUGUCUCCGGAGCCCGCGGCGCCUCGGUCUCCUCCCCCCUGAGCCCCGCCCCCCCGCCCGGAGCUGGGAUCUGCAAGCUGCCCGGCCCGGGGGCGUCGCCGCUCGCGCUUCGAAACCAGCGAGUAUCUGCUUCCCUGCGCGGAGCGCGCGUUCCCCGCCUGGCUGGGGACCCCCGCGCACCCUCGAGACGGCGCGCGCCCAGAGCGCGGGAGCCCGGAGCACUGGGCGCCUGGGACCCCGGGGAGCCACUGCCCAGCCUGCGGGACUCGGCAGGGAUGCAGGCUGCUCUGUGAGUCCGGGCGCCAAGGCCAUGUCCGGGUCCCGCUGCCGGACCCUGUACCCCUUCUCUGGGGAGCGGCACAGCCAGGGGCUGCGCUUUGCUGCGGGCGAGCUGAUCACCCUGCUGCAGGUCCCGGACGGCGGCUGGUGGGAAGGCGAGAAAGAGGACGGGCUCCGCGGCUGGUUCCCAGCGAGCUACGUGCAGUUGCUGGAGAAGCCUGGAAUGGUCCCCCCUCCGCCCGGAGAGGAAAGCCAGACCGUCAUCCUUCCGCCGGGCUGGCAAAGCUACUUGUCUCCUCAGGGCCGGCGUUACUAUGUCAACACAACCACCAAUGAGACCACCUGGGAACGCCCCAGCAGUUCUCCUGGGAUUCCAGCCAGCCCUGGCCCUCAUAGGAGCUCUCUGCCUCCAACAGUGAAUGGAUACCACGCAUCGGGGACCCCAGCGCACCCUCCCGAGACUGCCCACAUGAGUGUCCGCAAACCCACCAGCGAUUCCCAGAACCUGGGACCCUCAUCACCAGGCAGAAAGCACAGCAAGGAGAACACCCUCACGAUAAACUGCGUGACCUUCCCUCACCCAGACACGAUGCCAGAGCAGCAGCUGCUGAAACCAACGGAGUGGAGCUAUUGCGACUAUUUCUGGGCUGAUAAGAAGGACCCCCAAGGCAAUGGUACCGUGGCUGGGUUUGAACUGCUGCUCCAGAAGCAAUUGAAGGGCAAACAGAUGCAGAAGGAAAUGUCAGAGUUCAUUCGGGAAAGGAUAAAGAUUGAAGAAGAAUAUGCAAAGAAUUUAGCUAAGCUCUCCCAGAGCUCCUUGGCCGCCCAGGAGGAAGGCUCCCUGGGAGAAGCAUGGGCACAGGUGAAGAAGAGCCUCGCAGACGAGGCGGAGGUUCACCUCAAGUUCUCUGCCAAGCUUCACAGCGAGGUAGAGAAGCCCCUAAUGAACUUCCGUGAGAACUUCAAGAAAGACAUGAAAAAGUGUGACCACCACAUUGCUGAUCUCCGCAAGCAGCUCGCUAGCCGCUUUGCUGCUGUGGAGAAGGCCCGGAAGGCCCUCACAGAGCGGCAGAGAGACCUGGAGAUGAAGACCCAGCAGCUGGAGAUCAAGCUGAGCAACAAGACAGAGGAGGACAUCAAGAAGGCACGGAGGAAGUCCACGCAGGCUGGGGACGACCUCAUGCGCUGUGUGGACCUCUACAACCAAGCCCAGUCCAAGUGGUUUGAAGAGAUGGUGACCACCACGCUGGAGCUGGAGCGGCUGGAGGUGGAGAGGGUGGAGAUGAUCCGGCAACACCUGUGCCAGUACACACAGCUGCGGCACGAGACAGACAUGUUCAACCAAAGCACAGUCGAGCCUGUGGACCAACUGCUUCGAAAAGUGGACCCAGCCAAAGACAGGGAGCUGUGGGUCAGAGAGCACAAGACGGGCAACAUCCGCCCCGUGGACAUGGAGAUAUAGAUGGGCUCACGCAGCUCCCGGGGGCCUGCCAAGGAGCAGGGCUGGGGGUCCCAUGGAGAGUAGGUAGUGGUUCCUGCCACGGGGCCUACUGCCAACUGGAGCUGCCCUCCCACCCACUCUCCUGGUCCACUGAGGAGAGGGAGGGGUGUGGGCUGCAGCUCGUACUUCCAGAAGGGUGGCCCAGAUGGCUCCACUGGGAGGUCCCUAGUGUUCCCAGACCAAGAAGAUGGAUCCAAAGCUCAGCUCUUGUCUCCGAGGCUGAAGAUCCCCAACUCCUGUGCUGUGCUUGCCACUUCAAGGACAAACUGAGGCUGGAACUUUGUGGUCCCUGCUGAGUACUGUAGAAGUCAUCUCUCUACCCAGAGCCAACUGUGUCACACACUCAGCCUCUGGAAGCCCCAAAGUCCUUCCUCCAGCUGGCUCUCUUGUCCCUGAGACUUUGGAGGGUCAGGGGACGGAGGUCUCUGUCUCCAAGCCAAGUGUCAGGGUAACAGUUAUGAAUCGAAGGCACCAUUUAGCAUAGCCCUCCCUCAGCAUCCUUUGCAGCCCUCCCCCAUUAUCUUUCCCAUUGUAUUCUGGGAGCCCACAAACUGGCUCCUCUUUGUCACCUUUCAUGAUCAAGAGUCUUGGGAAGAAGACCUGGCUCCUGUCUUCCCAGACCAACCCUGCCUGGAGAGGUCAGGGUGGAACUACCUCAUUCAGCAAAUUAGCCCUCAGUGGAGUAUCAAAUAGUGUUUCUUAGUAGAUCAGCAUCCUCAGUAAAGUCGCCUCUCUAAAAAUCCCAAUCUACCCAACUUUUAGAUGCUCCCUUCUCCCUCCUUCCCCUUUCCAGUCUCUUAAAGGGUCUGGGUUAAUCCUACAUAGGAGACAGAGUGGGGCAAGUCUUUAUCAUCCCCAGGUGGCUCCACCUGCUUGUGCAUGCUGACAUUGGGAUCACUGUCCAUUGUAUGGCUUUCUCUUACUGGUGGUCACUGUGCAGGCAUUGAAGACUCACAUAGCCACAGUAGGUUGUCACCCACUGGCCAGUGUCCCACCACCUUGGCCUCUCAGCACCUUCUGAACAUUCCAGAACCCUGCACCAGGCAGGGUUUGCUUGGUGCUGGUAUAGCCCUCCCCUUUCUUCAUCUCCCAGUGUCUGGAAAAACCUGGUCUAAGUGCAGCUUAGGAAUCUUUCAGGGCUGCCAUCGGGUCCUUGCACAUCUCUUUCUCCUUUUCCUGACCACAGCAAACAUGUUAAGUCUUGAGAAUCAGUUCAAAAUGUCCAGAAGAAGAAAAGGGACCUGAAGGAAGUCAUGCAGCUAGCAAGGUGCAGAUCCUAGCCUGAAACCCACACCCUGAGACCCAACCCAUCUUUCUAACUUAAUCUUCCCACUGAUGACAGGAUUAUCUGGUUCACGGGACCCACGUUUCCCAAGAGUACAGAAUUCUAAGAGCACAACUCACUGGCUUUCAGUCUUACUUGCCAGUGACUAGUGGCGUAUCUUGGAUCUUUUGGUACCUUUCUUACACUGAGUCAGAAUCACUCUCUAAUCGUUUAUGGCAGAAAGAUGCCGAAUUUACUAAA